CCUGGGCUACUGUGAAUAUCGCUGUUCCAGAAUUUGGCAACUUGAAAAUGUAUAAAUUAGCCUACCCUACCUUUAUUUCAGGUCAAUGUGAGGAAAAAAAUGUGUUUUUAUGUUCAAAUGUUCUUUCAUGUUUUUGCAUGCGUCGUGAAAACACAAGAUAGGCUGCAUUUUCGAUUAUCACGCUGCUCUGAGAUGGUAAAGGGAGGAGAUGAGGAGGAGGAGGACAUUAGACUGGAGCAGGGCGGCGCUUUGUGCUCCUGCGGGAUCCUUCCUGCACCCUAGAAAGAGCGAAAGUUCAGAGCAGAAGCAGAAGAGCACUAAACAAACCCGUCUGCGAGUGUUAAACACAUUCAGCUGUCUGUCCUGCAGCGCGCGCCUGGAUGCGGCUGGUUGUGUGGAAAUACUUUCUUACUCAAGAACAUAUGGAUGAAGCUCAAAGUGGAAAGGAAUUGCCUUGAGGAAAGUUGUGUGAUUUAAUUAAAGAUGCUCUGGGUUUGUUCCUGCGCGCUGCUGCUGCUGCUGGAGAAUGCCGUGACCGCGCCUGCGUGGAGAAAAGCCACGGUGGCUAGUAUAGUAGUGAAUAAAGCGUGUGUGCAGACAGCAGCAGCCGUGGAAGAGAGAUCUCAUCGAGGUCAGGUCCGAUCCAAGCGCUAUGCCAUCAACCCACUGGGAUACAAGUGGGAGCAUUUCAACAUCACCUACAAGAUCACAAAGUUCCCCAACACACUGAAUAAAGAUGACACCCGCAAAGCUAUCAGCAUCGCCUUCACGAAAUGGAGCGAUGUUUCUCCUCUGACUUUCACUGAGAUCACCAACCCCAACAAAAGUGCUGACAUCACUAUAGGCUUCUACACGUACAAUCACACAGAUUGUUGGUGGUCUCCUCUGCACCCGUGUUUUGACGGGCUGAACGGUGAGCUGGCCCACGCCUUCCUUCCCCCACGAGGAGAGAUUCACUUUGACAACCAUGAAUUCUGGAUUCUGGGCAAAUCCCGCUUCAGCUGGAAACAAGGUGUUUGGCUGAAUGACCUGGUCCAGGUCGCUGCUCAUGAAAUCGGUCACGCUUUAGGCCUCUGGCAUUCACGGAACCCGAAUGCAUUGAUGCACCCUAAUGCAACAUACACGGGUCAGAGGAACAUCGCUCAAGAUGAUAUCUGGGGCAUCCAGCGCCUUUACGGAUGCAUGGACAAGAAGCGAGUGUGUGAUCCUUGGGCGCGGUUGGGUUUCUGUGAGAGGAGGCGGAGCUUCAUGAAGAAGAACUGCCCGCUGCGCUGUGACCUGUGCUACGAGCCUCUGGACGCUGUGUCUACACCGACUCCUCCUCCUGAAAAUGUGAAGAUCAAAAUUGUGCCUCGUGGAAAAGUUGUGGGCUUCCGCUGUGGGACAAAAAACACCAGAGUGCCUCCAAAAGUCAGCUGGUAUAAAGACGGGGAGCAGUUGCUGACAUCCAUUCCUGGCUAUAUUGUAAUUAAAGAUCGAGACCUGCGGCUCGUGGCCAAUGAAUUCAAUGAAGGCACGUACACCUGCCGCAUCCAUCGGCGCGGUAAUGUCGUCUCUGCCAACUCAUGGGCCAUCCGGCUGAAGCCAGAGCAGUCGUUCAACAACAGCUGAAGGAGCGAUGCUGAUGUACUGAUCUCACGCUCUACC